AUGACAUGCCCUCGCAAUGUAACUCCGAACUCGUACGCGGAGCCCUUGGCUGCGCCGGGCGGAGGAGAGCGCUAUAGCCGGAGCGCAGGCAUGUAUAUGCAAUCUGGGAGUGACUUCAACUGCGGGGUGAUGAGGGGCUGCGGGCUCGCGCCCUCGCUCUCCAAGAGGGACGAGGGCAGUAGCCCCAACCUCGCCCUCAACACCUACCCGUCCUACCUCUCGCAGCUGGACUCCUGGGGCGACCCCAAAGCCGCCUACCGCCUGGAACAACCUGUUGGCAGGCCGCUGUCUUCCUGCUCCUACCCACCUAGUGUCAAGGAGGAGAAUGUCUGCUGCAUGUACAGCGCAGAGAAGCGGGCGAAAAGUGGCCCCGAGGCAGCUCUCUACUCCCACCCUCUGCAGGAGUCCUGCCUCGGGGAGCACGAGGUGCCCGUGCCCAGCUUCUAUCGCGCCAGCCCGAGCUACUCCGCGCUGGACAAGCCGCCCCACUGUGCCGGGGCCAACGACUUCGAAGCCCCUUUCGAGCAGCGGGCCAGUCUCAACCCGCGCGCCGAACAUCUGGAGUCUCCCCAGCUCGGGGGUAAAGUGAGUUUCCCUGAGACCCCCAAGUCCGACAGCCAGACCCCCAGUCCCAAUGAGAUCAAGACCGAGCAGAACCUGGCAGGCCCAAAAGGCAGCCCUUUGGAGAGCGAAAAGGAUCGGGCCAAAACCGCCGACUCCAGCCCAGACACCUCCGAUAACGAAGCAAAAGAGGAGAUAAAGGCAGAAAACACCACAGGAAAUUGGCUGACAGCAAAGAGCGGAAGGAAGAAGAGGUGCCCCUAUACUAAACACCAGACGCUGGAAUUGGAGAAAGAAUUUCUGUUCAAUAUGUAUUUGACGCGAGAGCGCCGCCUGGAGAUUAGCAAGACCAUUAACCUUACAGACAGACAAGUCAAAAUCUGGUUUCAAAAUCGCAGAAUGAAACUCAAGAAAAUGAACCGAGAGAAUCGGAUCCGGGAACUGACCUCCAAUUUUAAUUUCACCUGAGCUCGGGGGGCCUCCCCUCCCCCUCCUUUCUCUCCCCCCCACCUUCCUUUCCCCGCCCCUCCUCCCUUUGUGCCUGGUGGUAUAUUUUUUUUUUCCUCCCUGAGUAUAAAUGCAACACGCCUGCA